CUCCCCCACAUCUCAGUCGAGUACAGUGACUCCGAGGAGACACUUGCCGGUUGCAUUUAUUUGGCACAUUGUCCACAGAGUCGCUGAUAGGUUUUUGUUCUUUUUACGUCGUUCUGUUUCACUUUAUGUGCGAAAUUACCCUUCGGCCAUAGGAACCCUUGGAUUCGGUGCACUUGAAUCAACUGCAUCAAGGUAAUCGAAGACGCCCGUUGCCUACGAUACGAUAUCGAGGAUUGGCACUCUGCACCUUCGAUCGUUAAAACGUUUCGCUGAUUGUCGCUUAUUCACUGAUAACAUAGUAGGCUGAGAAGAGAUGACGCGUGGCGUGCUACGUCUCUGCACCUAUGGAGGCAAUGCUGUUUUGCAUAUUUCCAAGCCUACGCAUCCGUUGCGGCUGUUCUCAGGUAGUGUGAAACUACUGCAAAAAGAUGGCAAACCGGCAACAGCUGUGACUGGAAUUCCGUACAAAAAUAUCGUUAUCGGCGUUCCGAAGGAAAGAUGGGUCAACGAAAGACGCGUCGCUGUAACUCCCGCCGUUACGGCCACCUUGGUCAAGAAGGGCUUCAAAGUAAACGUUGAGUCCGGGGCUGGAUUCGACGCCAAGUUCCGCGAUGCUGAUUACGUUUCGGCUGGAGCCAAUAUCGUCGAUAAAUCGCAAGCAUUCCAAUCCGAUAUUGUGCUGAAGGUAAGACAGCCAAUGGACACCGAAAUUCCAACACUGAAGGAUAAUUCAACCCUGAUUUCAUUCCUGUAUCCAACGCAAAAUAAGGACUUGAUUGAGAAACUGUCUCAGAAGAAAGUGAAUGCAUUUGCGAUGGAUGCCAUUCCACGUAUUUCACGCGCACAAGUAUUCGAUGCCUUGUCUUCGAUGGCCAACAUCUCCGGUUAUCGAGCGGUAAUUGAGGCUGCCAACCAUUUCCCACGAUUCUUCACGGGUCAAAUUACUGCCGCUGGCAAAGUUCCACCCGCAAAGAUCCUGGUCAUUGGAGGAGGUGUUGCUGGGUUAGCUGCCAUUGGUCAAGCUCGAGGUAUGGGUGCCAUUGUGAGAGCCUUCGAUACCCGUCCAGUCGUUAAAGAACAAGUCGAAAGCAUGGGAGCCGAGUUCCUGACGAUCACCAUCGAAGAGGAUGGCUCUACAGCGGGAGGCUACAGUAAAGAAAUGAGCAAGGAGUUUAUCGAAGCCGAAAUGGAUCUGUUUUCCAAGCAGUGUAAGGAAGUCGACGUAAUUAUUACGACCGCGCUGAUUCCUGGAAAGAAAGCUCCUAUUCUCAUCACCGAAGAAAUGGUCAAGUCAAUGAAGCCCGGUAGCGUAAUUGUCGAUUUGGCAGCUGAAGCAGGAGGAAACGUUGCUACCACCGUUCCUGGAAAAGUGGAAACAGUUCACGAUGUGGUUCACGUUGGCUUGACAGAUUUCCCUAGUCGCCUACCCACGCAAAGUUCCACGCUGUAUGCGAAUAACAUUUCAAAAUUCUUGCUCUCAAUGGGUGAGAAAGAUCACUUCAAUAUUAAUCUUGAGGAUGAAGUCGUUCGAGGCAGUAUUGUUCUUCAGAAUGGAAACCUGAUGUGGCCUCCACCAGUUAUCUCAGUUUCCGCGAAACCACCCCCGGCGGUAGCUUCCGCAAAGUUACCCGUUAAAGCUGAAGUUCAACCACCGAACGCAUUCAACGAAACGUUGAAGAGCAGCAUGCUCUACUCCACGGGUUUGGGAAGUUUGCUCGGUUUGGGUGCCAUUUCACCUAAUCCCGCUUUCACAACUAUGAUGACUACCUUCGCUAUGUCCGGCAUAGUCGGGUAUCACACCGUUUGGGGGGUGACCCCUGCACUGCAUUCACCUCUGAUGUCCGUGACGAAUGCGAUCUCCGGUAUCACGGCUGUUGGUGGGCUGCUUCUGAUGGAUGGCGGUGUGACUCCAACGAACACGAUUGAAACACUGGCUGCUAGCGCGGCCCUGAUUUCUUUCAUUAACAUCUUCGGUGGAUUCCUGGUCACCCAGCGUAUGUUGGACAUGUUCAAGAGGCCCACUGACCCACCGGAGCACAACUACCUUUAUGGAAUUCCCGGUGCACUGUUCUUGGGAGGAUAUGGGGUAGCUGCUUUGCAAGGAAUGCCCGAAAUUCAUCAAAUGGCCUAUCUUGCAUCAAGUUUGUGUUGUAUUGGUGCCUUAGUUGGUUUAUCUUCGCAGAAGACUUCCCGUUUGGGAAAUUCACUUGGCAUGAUUGGCGUUACCGGUGGUAUUGCUGCAACCCUGGGUCACAUGGCGCCUAGUAAUGAGGUUCUUAUGCAGAUGGGAGGAGUUGCUGGUAUUGGCGCAUUGAUCGGAUCCAUCAUUGCGAAAAGAAUCCAAAUUACAGAUCUACCUCAGCUGGUGGCUGCUUUCCACAGUUUGGUUGGUGCAGCAGCUGUUCUGACAUGUGUGGCCACUUACAUGCAUGACUUCCCUACUUUGGCAACUGACCCAGCUGCCAAUGUUCUGAAAACUGCGUUGUUCUUGGGCACAUACAUCGGAGGCGUUACUUUCAGCGGAUCACUUGUAGCAUAUGGAAAACUACAAGGCAUGUUGAGCUCAUCACCUCUUUUGUUGCCUGGUAGGCACAUGAUCAACGCCGGUUUGCUGGCCGGUAACCUGGGAGCUAUGGCGAUGUUCUACAUGGAACCUACUAUGACUGGUGGACUGGGACUUCUGGGAACCACGGCUGCGUUGUCCACGGCCAUGGGCGUAACGCUAACAGCUGCCAUCGGUGGUGCUGACAUGCCCGUCGUCAUCACCGUUCUAAACUCCUAUUCCGGCUGGGCACUGUGUGCUGAAGGAUUUAUGUUGAACAACAAUCUAAUGACAAUUGUAGGAGCACUGAUCGGAUCUUCUGGUGCUAUCUUGUCUUAUAUUAUGUGCAAAGCGAUGAACCGAUCUCUGGCGAACGUUAUUCUGGGAGGAUAUGGCACAUCUUCAACAGGAGGAGGUAAACCAGCCGAAAUCGUGGGAACUCACACUGAAGUAAACGUGGAAGGUGUCAUUGAUAUGAUCAAAAACUCGAAAAACAUCAUUAUCACUCCGGGAUACGGUUUGUGUGUUGCAAAGGCCCAAUAUCCAAUUGCUGAAAUGGUUAAUAUCCUGAAGUCACAAGGCAAGAAGGUGCGCUUCGGUAUCCACCCAGUUGCCGGAAGAAUGCCUGGACAGUUGAACGUCUUGUUGGCUGAAGCCGGUGUGCCGUAUGAUGACGUUCUAGAAAUGGAAGAAAUCAACGAAGACUUCACGGAAACUGAUCUGGUCCUGGUUAUUGGUGCAAACGACACAGUAAACAGUGCUGCGGAAGAUGAUCCCAAUUCGAUCAUUGCUGGAAUGCCGGUCCUGCGUGUGUGGAAGGCUGAUCAGGUUGUCGUGAUGAAGCGUUCGCUUGGUGUUGGAUAUGCCGCCGUUGACAAUCCAAUAUUCUACAAGCCAAAUACGUCCAUGCUGUUGGGAGACGCCAAGAAAACUUGCGAUGCUCUGCUGGCCAAGAUCAAGGAAGCGUAAUUGUGAAUGUGCGGAUUUUAGCUAGAUUUAUGUUCGAUAUGUUCAAACUCUAUCUUAUAGGUAAAUUGUGUCGACUUGAAUGUGUUAUCAGUGCCAUUGAAUGAUUUUAUGAAACAUGGUGAAUAAUAGUGUAAAUAAAUGUGAUUCUAAGGAUGAUAGUGAUACCUGUUUGAUCAUA